CUCCGCCCAGCAGCGUCCUUAGCAACUUCCCCAGCCGCCGCCGCCGCCCAGCGGCCAAGUGAGCCCGGACCGGGGCAGCCUCCCGCGCCCCGCAGCGCCCCGCGACAGGAGAGGUACUGAACCUUCAGGAAUUUAAUAAGACCCAGCCCCAGUCAAGAUUUGUCACCUGUGAUCAACUGGACACUGACUGAAAAUGCCAACCCAAAUGCAGUAUUAUAACUCCUCUCCUUCAGUGACAGGGAUUCUGCAUCCCCAGACUGCACAGUGUGCCUUUGAGAAGAUGAGACCCAGAGACCCCUAUCCCAGUCAUACUGCACCACGGAUACAACCCUCCACGGGAUUCCAGUUCCGAGAUGUUUCACCUCUGCGGGACAAACCUAUUUGGAAUGACCCACGCAACAAAUCAGAUGCUUGGACUAAGUCUCUCCGGAGAUAUAGGGUAACCUUGAAUCACAGGCCUGUUGAAUCUGUGCUGAGCAGAAAAGCACCUUUUGCAGCUCGAACCUUAAGUGCUGGCUUGAGUGGUCAUAGGUAUAGAAAUGGUUGUGUUGAUGUGUUGCCACAAUAUAGUUCAAUGAAUGAUCCCCACUUGUUUGACUACUAUGCCAGGAAGUUUGGACUGCGGGGGACUACCAGGUGUCUUCCAGUUUCUGAUCAAGUGAAGAGACGUCACCAAAGUGCACCCCAAUACAGGUACAAGAGUGCUGGUACCGGAUCCAGUUCUGCAGUGCACAGCAAAGUGUUAUACAAAGUCACUGUGAAGACUGGAGAUAAGAGAGGUUCAGGAACUGAUGCCAGGGUAUUUCUUAAGAUGAAGGGCUCUAAAGGAAAACUCAGCAAGACAUGUUUAUAUAAGAAAACUGGAUCUAAUGUAUCUCAACAAACAGCUGUGUUUAAAGUCUCCAAAGGGUCAAUUAAUACCUUUAAAAUUCAUGGUCCAGAAAUUGGAGAAAUCCAAAACAUCACCCUGGAGCAUGAUGGUCUAGAGAAGCAGCAAGCCUGGUAUGUGGAGGAGAUAACUGUGACCAAUACAAGCCACGAGAAGACCUGGCACUUCCUAUGUCGACAAUGGCUAUCAUUGUAUCACACUGACUGCCAGCUCAGCCGCACCUUUAUGCCCACUGGCAAAGGCAGACUUGCUGUUGCGGAUGGAAAACCUGACUACACAGUUUAUGAGGUGGUGACUGUGACAGGAGAUGUACGAGGAGCAGGAACUGACGCCAAUGUCUUUGUUACUCUCUUUGGAGAAUUUGGGAUCACACCGAAGACUCAUCUUACCAGCAAGAGUAGAACUGCCUUUGAGAGAAGUAAAACAGAUGUGUUCCGAAUAAAAACCAACAAUGUUGGACAAAUAAAGAAGAUAAGAAUUGAGCAUGACAACACAGGAAUGAACGCAAGCUGGUUCUUGGACCGGGUGGUAGUAACUGACAUGAACAGGCCUCACCUCCGUUUUUACUUUUCUUGCAACAACUGGCUGAGCAAGGAUGAGGGCGAUGGACUUUAUGUCAGAGAUCUGAUUGGCAGCCUAAACCCCAUGGAUGUGCCCAAAGUUAACAAGUAUGUGGUCAGAGUGUUUACCGGAGACAUUAGCGGCAGUGGAACAGAUGCGGAUGUCUUCAUUAAUAUCUUUGGCGAGAAUGGAGACACAGGGGAGAGGAGACUGGACAAUGACAAGGACAACUUUGAAAAGGGAGCAGAGGACAAGUUCACCCUUGAUGCUCCAAAUUUGGGAAAGUUACGGAAAAUUACCAUAGGCCACAAUAACAAGGGUGGCUCUGCCGGCUGGUUCCUUGACAAGGUGAUCAUCGAAGACAUUGGCAAUAAAUCUGAGUACGAAUUCCCAGUUGGUCGCUGGUUUGCAUUGGAUGAAGAUGAUGGGAAAAUCCAGCGGGACAUUCUUGUGGGAGGAAGUGAGGCCACAGGUAUUGUUUACAAUGUUGCUGUAAUGACAGGGGAUGUCAGAGGGGCUGGCACUAACUCCAAGAUCCACAUAAUCCUGCAUGGCUCUAAAGGUUUAAAGAACAGUGGGAAGAUUUUCUUGGAAGGAGGUGAAUUUGAACGUGCCAGGACAGAUCUAUUUAACAUUGAGAUAGCAGCUCUUCUCAGCCCCCUGAGCAGAGUCACAAUUGGGCAUGAUAACUGCGGUGUCAGUUCUGGCUGGUUUUGUGAGAAGGUGGUGGUUUAUUGCCCAUUCACUGGCAUUGAACAAACCUUUCCUUGUGGGAAAUGGCUGGAUGAAGAUGAAGGAGAUGGACUGAUAGAACGGGAGCUCUAUGAAAUGGUCUCCCUGCGCCAGAAGAGACUAAAAAAAAAUCCCUGGUCACUUUGGAUCUGGACAAGUGACAUUAAGAAUGCAGGGACAGAUGCCAGCAUCUUUCUCCAGAUUUACGGAGACAAGGGGAAGUCAGAUGAAAUGAAACUGGACAACAAUUCAGACAACUUCGAAUCUGGACAAACUGACAAGUUCACGAUUGAGCUCCCUGAUCUGGGCACAUUUUAUAAGCUCCGGAUAUGGCAUGAGAAAAGGAGCCCUUUUGCUGGCUGGCAUCUAGACAAGAUAACUCUGCUGAAAACACUGACAAAAGAGAAAUAUACGUUCAACUGUGGCCGUUGGCUGGAUGUAAAUGAAGACGACAAUGAGAUCAUCAGGGAGCUCCCUGCAGAGGGACCUCUAGUGACUGAAGUCAUGCCAGUGAUAAAGUACCGGGUGACCGUUUGCACCGGGUCAGUAAGCGGAAGCGGGACAGAUGCCAAUGUCUUUGUCAAUCUCAUUGGGGACCAGGGAGAUACGGGGGAACGUAUCCUCUUCAACAGCAUAAACACCAUGAAUAAAUUUGAGAAAGGCAGUGCUGAUGAGUUCUACAUUGAAGCUGUGACUUUGAAGCAGGUGAGGAGGGUGAGGAUAGGGCAUGAUGGCAAAGGAGGAAGCAGUGGCUGGUACCUUGACAAAGUGAUAGUGAGGGAAGAAGGGCAGCCAGAAAGUCAGGCUGUGGAAUUCCCAUGCUACAGAUGGCUUGACAAAAAUGAGGAUGAUGGUCAGAUUGUUCGAGAGUUAGUACCUGCUGGGGAGUCACCGAUCCUGAAAAAUGUCAGCUAUCACAUCAGUGUGAAGACAGGAGAUGUUCCUGGAGCCAGCUCAGAUUCUAAAGUUUUUAUCAAACUAUAUGGUGAAAAGGGAAACACCAGCAAGGAGCCUCUGUUAGUUUCUGACAAUGACCUAGGCAAUUACUUUGAACGUGGGCGAGUGGAUGAGUUUAUUUUAGAGACUCUGGAUAUUGGAAAGAUCAACCGACUUCUGAUUGGACAUGAUAAUGUAGGGCUCCGAUCUGGUUGGUUCCUGGCUAGUGUCCAGAUCACAGUUCCUGUCCAUGGAAGGCAGUACAUGUUCCCAUGCAACCGAUGGCUUGACAAAGACGAAGCUGAUGGGAAGGUGGAGGUGGAGCUCUACCCAAGUGAGAUUGUGUCCAUUGAGAAAUUGGUAAAUUAUGAGGUGUCAAUAGUUACGGGGGACGUGCGGGCAGCAGGCACCAAUGCAAAUGUCUUCAUGCAGCUUUAUGGCGAGACUGGCAAAAGUGAGUUGAUCAUCUUGAAAAGCAGGUCAAACAACUUUGAGAGGGGAGCAACUGAUAUUUUUAAGGUAGAGGCUGCAGAUGUUGGCAAGAUCUACAAGCUCCGAAUUGGCCACGAUGGGAAGGGCAUUGGGGAUGGCUGGUUCCUGGAAAGUGUCACACUUAAAUGGAUGGUAAUGAAGGUGAAGGAGACAGAUAAGAAGAAAAAGAAGAAGAAGAAGAAGAAAUCCAGUGAGGAAGAGGAGGAGGACUCCCAGCCAGAAGAAGUGAUGGAAGUCUGUAAGUUCGUGGCUCACCGCUGGUUGGCUACAGAUGAAGGGGAUAAGGAGCUGGUUGUGGAACUGAUACCCGAGGAUGGAUCUGGACUUGAGGAGAACACCUAUGAGGUCCAUGUCAUCACUGGGAAUGUGUGGGGUGCUGGGACUGAUGCUAAUGUCUUCUUGAGCAUCUAUGGCGAAGGAGGAGGAGACACUGGUGAGCGCCAGCUGAAAAGGUCCAACCACCUGAACAAGUUUGAGAAGGGCCAGGAAGAUAUAUUCACUAUCAAAGCCAUUGAUCUGGGAGUACUGAAGAAACUGCGGAUUCGUCAUGACAACUCCAGCGGCAACCCAGCCUGGUUCCUGGACAGAGUGGAGAUUGUUGAUCUCAAGGACAACACCAGGUAUUAUUUCCCAUGCCAGCGGUGGUUGGCAGGUGAGGAAGAUGAUGGUCAGAUUGCCAGGGAGCUGGUCCCAGUGGAUGAAGCAUUUAUAAAGAAAGAUUCAGACAAUGAUCAUCAAUCUCUUGCCUCACUGGGCCUGGAACAGAAAGCUAAAUCAACUACUUAUACUGUGAAAGUGAAAACAGGGGACAAGAAGAAUUCUGGGACAGAUGCCAAUGUCUUCAUCAUUCUUUACGGAAAUAAAGAUGACACGGGGAUAAUCAAUUUAAAGGCCUCCAAAACUAACAAGAACAAAUUUGAACGUGGGAAGCUCGAUGAGUUUACAGUGGAAUCUGUGGACAUUGGAGACCUGAAAAAAAUAAAGAUUGGCCAUGACAACAAAGGUGGCUCUGCUGGCUGGUUUCUGGAAUGGGUGGAAAUUGAUGCCCCGUCACUUGGGCAAUGCCUGAAGUUCCCUUGUGGCCGCUGGCUGGAUAAAUCAGAGGACGAUGGAGCCACGGAGAGAGAUCUCUUCCCUGCACAACUGCAGACAAAAGAAUAUGUUCCAUUUGUCCCGUACGAGAUCACAGUUUACACCAGUGACAUCUUUGGAGCUGGCACCGAUGCAGAUGUUUUCAUUGUUCUCUAUGGAAGUAAUGGGGUCUGCAGUCAACAGAAAUCCCUGUGCCAGAACAAGAGAGAGCAAAGGAUGUGCUUUGAGAGGAACUCGGUGGAUCAGUUCAUUGUGGAGCUGGAGGAUGUUGGCGACACUAUUGAGAAGAUUCGUAUUGGGCACAAAGGUGGAGGGCUUAAUUCUGGAUGGCAUUUAGAUCGGGUGGAGAUACGGAGACUUUUGCCAAAUGGGAAGGGUUCGGAAACAAUCACGUUUCCAUGUCAAAGGUGGCUUGCAAAAUCUGAAGAUGAUGGCGAGAUUGUAAGAGAACUUGUACCAUCUGAUAUCUUUACUGAAAAACUCCUGAAAGAUGGGACACUAAAGCAGAUAGAACAGGAAGUUGAAGAACCACUGGAAAUUCAUACAUACAAGAUAACUGUGUUCACUGGCGAUAUCUAUGGCGCUGGGACAGAUGCAAAUGUUUUCCUGACUAUAUAUGGAGACCUCGGGGACACCGGGGAGAGAAAACUCAGCAAGUCUGAAACUAACUCCAACAAGUUCGAAAGAGCACAGGAGGAUAAGUUCACAAUACAGGCUGUGGACCUUGGGAUUAUAUACAAGAUCAAGAUUCAUCAUGACAACACCAUGCUGAAUGCUGACUGGUACCUGGAAAAAGUAGAGAUUCUGGAUGAAACCACAGAAGAAUUGUACCUCUUUCUGUGUGAACGCUGGCUUUCUACAAAGAAGGAGGACAAAAGGAUAGAGCGGACACUUUAUGAACAGAGCUAUGAUGGUGAACGGAACAGCCUGGGUGGCUCGUCUCUCAGCCUGAAGAGCCAAGAUAGCAAUGCAAAUGUGAAGAAUAAGAAGAAAUUCAGCUUGAACGGGUCUGCACAGGGAGGCUCAUUGAUUCCGUAUCAUCUCAUCAUCACUACUGGCACAGAAUAUGAUUCAAGCACUGACAGCCGAGUUUACAUCAUCAUUAUGGGUCCUCAGAAAGUGCAGACAGGCAGGCUGUGGCUAGAUCUCCCGAAAGAAAAGAAAGAGUUUGCUGAUGGCUCCGUGGAGAAGUUCUCUGUUAUGGGAUUAGAUGUUGGGGAGAUCAAAAAAUUGGAGCUGGGUCACGAUGGUGCCACACCAGAGAGCUCCUGGCUGGUAGAAGAGCUAACACUCAUUGUACCCACUAAAGGGGUCAUGUAUACCUUUGUCUGUAAAUGCUGGCUGGCCAGGGACCGCGGGGAUGGUCUCACUUCACGUGUCUUCAACAUCCUGGAUGCAGAUUGUGUUACCAUUGGCCACAAGAUUCUGUAUGAAGUUACAGUUGUGACUGGCGACAUCCAACAUGCUGGAACGGAUACAAAUAUUUACAUGACUCUCUUUGGGUCCAGCGGGAACACUGAGGAGAUGCGACUGGAAAAAAAUGGGGAGAGAUUUGAGAGAGGUCAGGAGGACACUUUUAUCAUGGAGAUUGCAGACAUUGCACCACUCAGGAAAAUGAGGAUCCGGACUGAUGGAAAGGGGACCCGCCCAGACUGGUUCCUGGAAAAGAUCGUCAUGAAGAACCUGUCGAAUCAAGAAGUGACCACGUUUACAUACAGCGAAUGGCUGUCCAAGCUCAGAAAUGCUAAGGGAGCUCUUGUGUGCGAGAUGCCUGCAGUGAUAAAUGAAGAGCAGAUGAUGGAGAAUACCACAUACACUGUUCAGGUUAAAACCAGUGAUAUUGGAGGAGCUGGUACCGACGCCAACGUGUCCUUGAUUAUGUUUGGGGAAAACGGAGACAGCGGGACUCUUGCUCUGAAGGAGUCUAACAAGUCUAACAAAUUUGAAAGGAACCAGAUGGAUGUUUUUAAUUUUCCCGACAUGCUGAGCUUGGGAGACCUGUGUAAGGUGCGCGUCUGGCACGACAACAAAGGAGUUGCACCUGGCUGGCACUUGGAAUACAUCGAAGUGAAAGACGCUACCCUGGAUAAGACGUUCCGCUUCCAGUGUGAUCGCUGGCUGGCUAAAGGUGAAGAUGACGGUCAGCUCAUAAGAGAACUGGCUUGUGCCAAUAACGACAUCCUGGAACUGAAGGAGCGCACAUCCUAUGAGAUCGUCACAGUGACGAGUGACACAGAGGAUGCAGAAACCAAGGAAAACAUCUGGAUCAUCUUAGAAGGAAAGAAGGGCCGCUCAAAAGAAUUCCUUCUGGAAAACGCCUCCAAAAAAAGGAAAUUCACAAGGGGAGCAACAGACAAAUUUCUAUUUUCUUCAAAGAAUGUUGGUGAUAUUGCAGCCAUCUGUGUUGGUCACUGUCCAAAAGAUGGAAGGAAGUCAACCACAAAAGCUGAUGCGUACUGGCAUGUCCGAGAGAUAAUCAUAACAGAGAUGGAACUUUGCAACAAAUAUUUUUUCAAGUGCAAUGCAAAAAUUCCACUGAGGAACAAGAGGGGUGACUACAAAGUCUUUGAGUGUGCCAAGGUCAUAGAGAGUUUUGCCAGCAAAGCCCGGAGCUUGGUGCCAGUCAAAUAUGAGGUCAUUGUGGUUACUGGGUCUGAAAAAGGAGCUGGGACCGACGCCAAUGUCUUUAUUACCAUCUUUGGAAUAAAUGGAGAUUCGGGCAAGCGUGCUCUCAAGCAGAAGUUCCGGAACCUCUUUGAACGGGGCAAAACCAACAGGUUUUGCCUGGAAACCCUGGAGUUGGGGGAGUUGAAAAAAGUCCGGAUUGAACAUGACAACAGCGGCAUAGCAACCGGCUGGUUCGUGGAGAGGGUGGAGAUCACCAAUUCAGCUACUGGAGUGACCACUAUUUUCCCUUGUGGGAAGUGGCUGGACCAGAACAGAGGAGAUGGUUUGACCUGGAGGGAAUUAUUUCCAAGAUAUUAACAGGGAUGCAUCUGCUGCCUUUAAAAGGAGCUGCAAUGAGGAUAUUUAUAUUCACUGCAGAGGGGUUUUUCUUACUCACGUCUUAUACCAUUUUGUAUCCCGUUUUACUUUUUACAAUACUGUAUUUUAUAUUGAAAGGCUUUUAGUAGUAAUAUAUACUCCCUGGAUUAACAUU